AUGGCAAUGUCUGAAGAACAGCUAAUUGUACUUGUACAACAGUACAAGCAUCUGUACGACAUUUCAGAUUCAAAUUAUCAUAACAAUCUUAUUAAAGAUAAUAGUUGGGAGGAAAUUGGCAAAAUGUUGUCAACCACAGGUGAAGCAUGUAAAAAUAAAUGGAAAUCACUCAGAGAAAGCUAUCGAAAAGCAAUGAACGCCAGGAAAACCAAAAGUGGACAGUCAGGAAAAAAAAUAAGACCCUGGCGCCUUGAAAGUCAGAUGGAGUUUGUGAAAUCAUACCUAUUUUCACAAAGUGAAGAAGCAAUGAGUAAUUUCUCUGCACUAAGUCCAUCAUCUCCAACAACUGACUCUAACGAUUUAAGUUCUAUAACUAAUGAAUUACUCGAAACAGAAGAAAAUGAAGAAGAACUGAAGAAUCAUCAAUCAGACAAACUUGAAGAUAGUGUAAAUAACCAAAACAACAAACAGUUGUUUUCAAUUGGCAAAAAAAGUGAAAUUGGAACAGACAAACCUGGAACAGCAGCAAAAUUGCUACAUCAGUAUAUGCAAAUGAAAAUGUCAGCAUCUUCUAAUCCACGACCUCUGGAGACCAACUCACCAAAUACUUCAAAAGUAUAG